GACUGGCUCGCGUUGCUGCCACUCCAUUUCAGCCUAGUGGCGCGCAGAGCUGCAGCUACCGGCGGGAACGUGAGCGGCGGCGGCGGAAGUAGCCCACGAGCCUAGUCCCCGCCGACACCAUGCUUCCCUUGUCGCUGCUGAAAACAGCUCAGAAUCACCCAAUGUUGGUAGAGCUCAAAAACGGGGAGACAUAUAAUGGGCACCUGGUGAGCUGUGACAACUGGAUGAACAUCAACUUGCGUGAGGUGAUCUGCACAUCCAGGGACGGGGACAAAUUCUGGCGGAUGCCCGAGUGUUACAUCCGUGGCAGCACCAUCAAGUACCUCCGCAUCCCUGACGAGAUCAUCGACAUGGUCAAGGAGGAGGUGGUGGCCAAGGGCCGUGGCCGCGGUGGCCUGCAGCAGCAGAAGCAGCAAAAGGGCCGUGGUAUGGGGGGUGCUGGAAGAGGUGUGUUUGGUGGCCGGGGCCGAGGUGGGAUCCCAGGCACUGGCAGAGGUCAGCCAGAAAAGAAGCCGGGCAGACAGGCGGGGAAACAGUGAGCACCCCCUCUGCUCCCCAGAGACUGAGCCGAAAUCACCAGGCAUCUGCUCCCACUCCCGAGGCCGCUUUUCUACUCUCCAGUUCAUAAGUCUUCCCAGCACAAAAAGAAGAGGCAGGUAUCUGGGGGAGGACCCCCUGCCUGUCAUCUAGCGAUCCUCCCCCCUUUUUUUAGCUAGUGGUUCUACAGUUGGAAAUGUUAUUCUGUGCUUCUGGGUUUGUGACGUCACAGCCCACUUGAUUCCUGGAAGAUUCUGUUUAAUGCAUCUUUACAGCACUCACUCUUCUUUUAAGGGCAGGCAUUUUCCCAACAGGUUUGUUCUGCAUUUUGUGUUAGAUCCCCGUGUGGUGAGCAGACGGGAGGUCUUUAUUUUAAGCUCUUUGCACUGAGAUUGACAGCCUGGAGAGUUUCCUGAAACACAGACCCCGAAAUUGCCUUGUCAAAAUGUAUGCUCUAGAAGCUGUUCUGGGAUGAUGCUGGGCCCCAUCCCUUCUCCUCCUCUCUCCCUCUUUGUAUUACAAAAAUAAAAACAAAUACAACAAAUACAAACU